AUUCACUCUUUUUUUAUUUUCGUUUUCUUUGGUUCAUUUUUUUUUCCCUCUCUUUCAAUUUUUUUUUUGUUUGCUAGUUCACAUGCAGUUUCGAUUUUUACUUUCAUUCUUUUCUGUGGCGAUCCUUUCCGUAGUGGCCGCCAGUGACGCGGUUGAAGAGUUGCACUUUUUGUUCAAACGAGAUAAAAAGCUUCCAUUCAAUGAAUUGCCCAACACCAACUGUGGAGCGGUAUCGUCAUGUAGCAACAUUCAAGGCUCGUUCAGUUGCCGUUGUAACGACGUCUUGACCGUGUGUCAAAACGACAAGCAGUUUUGCUGGGGUUCAAAAACGCUUCAAUCCAACGAAUGUCCUUCCAUCCCUGCACCUUGCAGCAACCAAUUCAACGGCACCGCUUCUUGUCUUUGCAACUCGGAACAUGUUCUCUGCGUCGAUAGCUACAACAAUUAUUGUUUCGGUAACGUAGCCGGUACGGGACCGCAAGCGUCUGUCUCGGUGGGUCCCAUCCCCGUCAGUGGUUCUCCUUCUUCGCCUUCCUCUUCCCCAUCUCCUUCCACCUCGGCUAAUCAACCCAACAACGACAAUAAUAAUCAGCAGCAACAACAAGACAAAUCAAACGCUGCGGGUCAUUUGAUGCCGACCAUGCACUUGGGCGUUUUAUCCGUAUUCUUGUACGUGCUGCUUCAUUAAAAAAAACAGAAAGGUCGAUAACCGCUUUCAUCCAUACUUUUUCUACGCUUUUUUAUUCUAUUGUUCAAAGCUCGAUCCUUCUUGAUGCUUUGUACAAGUGGGCGAUGGAGAAAAAUCCCGGAUAAAAUCGCCUUUUUUUCAUUUUCAUUCUUCCCUAUUUUCCAUUUCAAUGAUCUCAUGUUAAUUAAACUGCUUCAUUUUCCGAUUUCGAGAAAAUUUCUCCAUCUCCCAUAUCAUCAACCAUUCAAAAGCAUCCCUACGGCCCAAGAGGUUGCUUUCGAGAAUACAUCUAUGCUGGGCGUAUUUGCGUGCGUCCUUUUUUUAGAGUUUUCGUUACGUUUCAUUGUCGAGAA